AAGAAAAGAAAACAAAAAAAAAAACCGCCCGCGGCUAUACACCCGAGACUCCUACGGAUCGAAGCCCUAGGGUUUGGUCUCGCCUCCAUCCCCAUCGUCCGAUCCGAUCCCCCGCCAUGAGCGGCCACCACGAAGCUAAGCCCUACCAGCCCCGCCGCGGCCCGGCUCCCGCCGACGAGGAGGCCGCCCCCGCCGCUGCGGCGGACGAGGCGGAGGCGGAGGCGGAGGUGGAGGCUAUGGAGCGGUACGAGCAGGAGCAGGAGUACGAGGAGGGGGAGGAGGGGGAGGAGGAGGAGUACGAGGGCGGGGAGGGGGUCCCCAUGGACGCCGACGCCUCCGCCGCGGCCGUGGCGGGGAUGGACCCGCACGGGGAGAUGGUGCCCGUGGCCGGCGGGGAGGCGGGCGGCGGCUACCCGCACGUGGCGUCGAACACCCUCACGCUGUCGUUCCAGGGCGAGGUCUACGUCUUCGAGUCCGUUUCCGCCGAGAGGGUGCAAGCUGUGCUGUUACUGCUUGGAGGAAGAGAGCUAGCACCAGGGUCGGGUUCGGUACCAUCAUCUUCAGCGGCAUACAGUAAGAAGAUGAAUUUUCCUCACCGGAUGGCAUCAUUGAUGAGGUUCCGGGAAAAGAGAAAAGAGAGAAACUUUGAUAAGAAGAUCCGGUAUACUGUUAGGAAGGAAGUUGCACUUAGGAUGCAGCGUAAUAGAGGCCAGUUUACAUCAUCAAAAUCGAAGGCUGAAGAAGCAACAUCCGUCAUAACUAGUUCGGAAGGUUCGCCAAAUUGGGGCGCAGUUGAAGGUCGACCUCCAUCAGCUGCUGAGUGCCAUCAUUGUGGUAUUAGUGCAGCGUCAACACCUAUGAUGCGCCGUGGUCCUGAUGGCCCAAGAACAUUGUGCAAUGCAUGUGGACUUAUGUGGGCAAACAAGGGUACGAUGAGAGAGGUAACAAAAGGUCCCCCUGUGCCCUUGCAAAUUGUGCCAGCUGCAACCAAUGAUGUUAACGGAAUCGUCGAGGCAACAGGUGUCGAGCAGCACAAUUCUGCAGUCGAGGAGGCAGUUUCUGCUGCAAAUGGCCAUGAAUCGCAGUCGGGAGUCGCGUGAUGCUUGAGGGUUCAGACUUGAGAAAAAGGAGGAGGAUGCGUAUCAAUCAACAAUCAAGUAGUCAUGGUGCUCAACAAGUUAACCGGAUGUAUGAUAUGACCGGCUCUAGGAUUCAUGUGGUUCUGCAAUGCCGGUCUCUCCGAGAUGAUAUAUGCUUGUGGCCGGCUUUUUCUAUGCUUGUAUUUGAGUUUUAUAGCUUUGCCUUUGGCAGUAGAUAAAUGGACGAGUUCAGCUUGAGCGCAUGUGACAUAUUUUGCAUUUUACUCUCUUGUCAGAUGUAAUCGUUGAUUUACAGGUGACACUGGGCAAGCAGGCAGGUUAAUUUCACAAUCGCAGCAUCAGUGCAUUGUCUGA